AUGACCGGUGAUGAAGGGAAUGACGAUGCGUCGACGCCCCCAAGAUCGCGGGUGAAGGGCAAAGCCCAAGGGAGGGGCGACAAACCGAGCAAGUGGGCCCGCGCUGCACCCCCCAGUCCAGGCUUCGAUACUGCUGACAUCGAGGCCGCGACCAGGAACAGCCUCUUGUCGUUGGGCGGCAAAGGCGGCGGCUGCGGCGGUUCGAGCCGCCCAGACGUCGUCGAUCUCACCAACAGAAGCCAGGGUGGCGGUGCCGACGGUGCGAGGCGGGCUGGUGGUCGCGAGCGGGGCGGGAAAGUCGCGCACGCUCCUUUGGAACCCCACCAGGCCGAGUUGUUCGAGAGGGUGAAGGCGGCCGUGGAUCACCCCUCGUUCGCUAGCAACCGCGCCAAGUUGGCGGACAUCGCGCGGGAAGCCGCCACGGCCAAGGGCAUAGGGGGCGAGGCGUCGACGGAUGACGUCCUUCGGGAAGCGUGUCGGGAGUACGAUCUCCACCGGGUGAAUUACGUGCACGCCCACGAGUUUCAUUCACAAGAGACAACGAUCGGCAUGACCCGGAAGUGGGAGUCCGAGAUGGGCGUCGGGUCUGCAUUUUGCGGGUCGGUCCGGGCCAAAGUCAACCGGCACGAGUGGGACAACGGUGCGUUGCGCCUGCUCAUCUCUGGCGAGCGGCUGUCUGCCUCCGCCCUCAAGUACACCAAAGGGCUGCAGAAGCCGCCAAUAGCAGCCCGUGCGAGACGACCUCAUCAGUUGAACGGCCGCGUGGCGAACGACGGUCCCGCGUGGAACGUCCCGGCGGGGCUAGUGCUGGUCGGAGCGGACGCCAUCGACACGGUGGGAAGCGAGACCUAUGUGUGGAGGAUGGGUGACCCCUACAGAUCCUCGAGGGAGUUACACGAGGCGAUUCUUGCCCUCGACGUCCUCGGGGGGCUGGUGUGGUGCCCGGAGUCAGUCGGACUCAACCAAAAGGUCGGGGGGACAUUCACCGACGAGCAGCGGUCACGUGGAGGAAAUUCCGUGGAAUCGUGUAUCUUCGUUGAACUCGAAGCGGGAAAGGAGGGUGAGAGGUGCGAGCACAUCGAGAAGUGGGGCGGGGGCGCAGUCCCGGACCUGCGACCCGGCGCGGCCCCGGAUGCGUGGGUCGCCCUCCUGAGGUCGCACACGAUCCGCCGGCGGGUCGGGGCCAAGGUGAAAACUGUCCACAAGGGUGCCCUGUCGCCGUGGGUGGGGAACGCCGCCUCUGGUCGUUCCCUGAAGGAUGCCCAGGGAGUAGACUACGUGACGGAGCGCGAGGCGGGUGCGAUCCUGAAGUCGCACAACAGUUUGUACAAAGAGUGGUUGAAGAAGAACACCAACAACAAGUAGGUUGCCGCGUUGUCGUGCAGAUCGAAAUCCCACGGGGGGUUCGGUAAGCUGUCAGCUGGGCGGGCGUGCCUUCGUUGUGUUGGCUUGUCACGGGGUGUCGUACAACGACGGUUUGUUUGGUGCGUUGAGCUGCUGUGCCACCAACAGUUUGACAAACGUCCUCCUUGGAAAUGUUCCGCGCACAUUCCGCGUCGUUGGUUUUCGCGGAGGGGAACGUUUAGGGAAUGCCACCGCACUUGGCUUUGAUUGGAUCAAUGGCA